AGUCAGAGUUUUGACACUGAGUGAAUGUGAGGGCUACGCUGUUAAACAUCACUCGCGAUGGCUUUUUUACCUGUCACGGUAAAAACAGCGUCGUGAUCAAAAAAAUCAAACGAUUUAUUUUUCGGUAUCUGAUCUUGGAUUACCUGAGCCUUUUAUGAAUAUUUUCCACCAAAAUCAAUUCAGGAAAUAAAUUGUGGAUUAAAUACGAAGUAAACAGCAUCUGAAACUGGUUGUUCUAAGUCUAGGGGAACAAGUUCACUGACUACAAGAAGUGUUGUGCGCGAAGAUUUUUUAUUUUAUUUUUCUUCUCGUUUUUUGAACAUCGUCCGAUGGAUUUAAAGCCUUCGUCCGAUUACGUGCAAUUUUGAAGUUGAUUUGUGUGUCUGCGACAGUAUGUUGUCAUUGUCAAAUAUGGGUAAAGAAACGGAUUUGUUAUUGGCUGUUAAAGCCGAAGAUGUACGCGGAGUGACUCGAUUGCUGGCUAAAUAUAAAUCUUCAAAACCAAAACUUCUGGGAUCUGGCAAAAGAAUCAACCUGAAUGCCCAAGAUUGUGAUGGUAUCUCGAGUCUUCACCAGGCGGCUCUCAUGUGCAGCGUUCCUAUUAUCCAACUCCUUCUUGAUGCCGGUGCUCAAGUAGACAUCAAAGAUAACAAAGGAAUGCGACCACUGCACUACGCUUCUUGGCAAGGAAAACCAGAACCUGUAGCUCUUCUUCUGCAAUACAACGCAUCUGUGAAUGAUCAAGCUAAUAAGGGUGAAACUCCAUUACACUUAGCUUGUCAACAUGGACACGUCUUGGUGACCAGUUUAUUGCUAAGAUACCAUUCCAAUAUCCUAAUUCGUAACAAAGAUCAUAAAUCUCCACUGGACCUGGCUUGCGAAUUCGGUAGAUAUCAGGUGGUGGAACUGUUAUUGCAACAGCAAGCUAAUUCGCGUUGCCGUUCUCUGUUAACAGAGAAUCCUGAGGACUUAGCGGACAACAAUCGAACCACAUGCUUGCAUUUAGCUGCCAGGAAUGGACACGUAGAUGUCAUUAGAUUGUUAUUAAAUGCUGGAGUUGAUAUCAACCGUUCUACGCUACGUGGUACAGCUUUGCACGAAGCAGCUAUGCAUGGGAAGUUGGAUGUAGUACGAAUGCUCAUAGAGAGUGGUGUAGAUGUCAACAAACCGAAUUCUUAUGACCAAACUGCCUUGGACAUAGUUCGCUCCUUCACUACUUGCCAUGCUGAAAAAGAAAUGAAAAACAUUCUGAAAGAAAUCAUUAAUGCUGUGCAGGCGAGAGCCAUUCGUGAUUAUGAUGAACCAGGUGAUCCUAAUUGUUUGCCUCUGAAAGAAGGACAGCAAGUGACGGUUCUAGAACAGAGAGCAGAUGGUCGAUGGCGUGGUAUUGUCUUUCAUCCCAAUUAUACCUCCCAAAGUGGAUAUUUUCCGGCCACUGCUGUACAAUUACUGGACAGACCAAUUGGCGGAGUACAAAGAACGGGAACUUUAAAAGGUGGCACCAUGAAAAAAGUUCCACCACCAGUCGUUCCUGAUCUCUCAUACAGGAACUCAGGAUCUAGUUUCUCAAGUGGAUAUGGCAGUCAAACGGUUGACAGAAAUUCCUGUGGUAGCCUGAGCGCUGAUGAACCCGCCUCGCCUCUCCUGAAUUCUCCUAAUUCUGAUGCCUGUACAUAUGGAACAUUGCCUUCACCAUCUAAACUUUCCCAUUUCUGCUUUCCCGAUCUUCAAAGUCAGUACACUCAAGUCAUCGUCCAUCCUCAACCUGGAAGCCAGCCAUCGACACCAGAAGGAAAUCCAGGCCCACUGGGAUCAGUUUCAGUGUGUCAUGCUAUGUUAGAGGACCAAGGAAUAGAUGUGUGCCCCAGUCCUGGUGGCAGUAGUGCCAGUGGUACUUCCUCUCGUCACAGCAUGUCCAGUGUCGACAGUGGUCGAGCAUCAGGCUCUGAUAAGGUUGUGUCUCAGAAAUCUCAUAACAAGCAUAUCUUAAUCGAGACCACCCAACAUCGUCACAGUUAUCAUAGUUCCACAUCCAGUGUUUCCAGCGACGAUCUUCAAAUCAUCGGAAAUAACGUAGCGGAAAUGAUUCUGCACGGGUUACCGGACGGUGAAAUCUUAUCUGCUUGGUUGACCAGUUUAAAAUUUGAAGAGUACUGUCCAUUGUUCCUGCAGGCCGGGUACGACAUGCCUACUAUUUCUAGAAUGACCCCAGAGGACCUAACAGCUAUUGGAAUCACGAAACCAAAUCACAGACGCAAAUUAAAAGCGGAAAUAGCGAGACUAAAUAUUUCAGAUGGAAUUCCGGAGUAUAAGCCUACAUCACUGCUAGAAUGGCUUCACUUGUUGAGAUUGGAAGAAUAUUUCGAAACUCUCUGCGAUCAAGGGUAUGAUUCUGUCGAUAAGGUUACGGAACUCACUUGGGAGGAUUUAGAAGAAAUAGGCAUUCAAAAAUUAGGGCAUCAAAAGAAAAUUACUUUAGCCAUUAAACGAGUGAAAGAUAUUGUAAGUGGAAGACGUCCCAGUCAAGUUGCAGAUGCUCAUGACCACCAAGGGACUGUAAAUAAUUUACCUCGACCGACUACUUUGAAUAAUGUCCCACCCUAUUCCUACCACAGCCAAGAAAUCACCAUCCCAACUCAUCAGACUAGAGUUUCUCCUACAACUAAUGAUCCUAAUGUAGAAUUAAAGACAUUCCAACAAUCACCACCUAAAGAAGAAACUUUUAGGCACUACAUUUCAAAUCGUGACUGUAACUCUCCGUCCCACCUCAAUAAUUUAUAUCAGCCGAAUGUUGUUACUAUUCAGGUUCGUUCAACUAGCCGAGGUAGAUCUCUCGAGAGUCUCGACAUGGAUGACUCUGUCUCAACUGUGAUGCAUCCUCCCUAUUACGGCAACUCCGACUGCUGGUAUGAUACUGUGAGUGCAUGGAGAAGUAAUGGAUAUGACACAGACAGUGAACUCAGUGUCCACGACCAUUACAACUCAUAUGAAACUAGUGGAACUGCAACUCUCAACAGACCAAAAGGCAUGGUGAAACCAAGACCAGUCGCCAAAAUCACCGCAAAGAGCCGGCAAUCUGAUCCAGAAAUAAACUAUGACAUAGACGAUGACCCAAAAACCCUCAAAAUAGCAAACCAAAUGAUAGACAGCUGGUCACCCCAGCAUUGGUCCAAUAUGAACUCUUCACAGCUUUAUGGUACAUUGAGGAAUAAAAGAAACCCACCGCCUCCGCCUAAGAGAACUAACUCGAUUAAAAACGAACGUAGCAUUGAAGCAAUGAAAGACGAGGCUUUUGCAACUUGUGUGAAAGGACUUGCUUCGAGAUUUGUUAUGGGCAGUACUACAGAACUUCCACCUCCUCCUGGUGAUACUGACAGAUCAGUAUCUCCAGCUUUGACUGAAGACUUUCCUCCUCCUCCUUCCCCUCUUUGUUCUGUUUUGGACUUGACAGAUUCUUCUGUUCCGAAAGAGGACAAUGUUCGUGCCAAAGAUUUACCAGGUGAUAAUUCUCGCGCCAAGUUCCGGCAGAGGCGAAAAGACUCUGCAGACUCUAACAUUUCGACAUCUAGCACAGAGUCGAAUUCUCUACCUUUUGCCAAUGAGAAUGUUGGGACUAUCAAACAAAGAGCUGCAAAGUCUAUAGCUUGUGAGAAUUCGCCGGCUGCUUCUCCAUCGUCGACACUCAGGAAGACUAGCUUGCCUUCAAGUCAAGCGUCUGUGUCAAAUAAACGAGUAACAGAUAAAAAAGUGCUAAAGGAUGGUAGUAGUCGUGCCAUGGAUCAUUCUGGUGCCACUGAUGUGAUAGUUGAUAUAGAGAACAUGUUGGCUAAUUUAUCCACUCAACUAGACGCUAUGUUAGAAUACCAGUUAAAGGAGGGUUGAAUCUAUCAACCGUAGCUCUGUCCAAAUUUUAACAACCGAACAACAACCAUUUUUACUCACUUUUUGAUGUUGGAAAAAAGAUAUAGAAACAUUUUUGGAUUAUUUAAUUAGACGCUGUAGCUGGCUAUGGCAACAAAAAAAAAGAAUUUUUAAAAGAAAUUCAUUUUUUCUCCCUCUUUUCAGUGUGUAGUUCACAGAUUUUUCAACUUGUUGCUGAUAUCAAAACAAUCUUGAAUUGAAAAAGAAGAAAAAAAUAUUGUGUAAGAAAUACUGAGCUAUUUUCAUAUGAAAAAAAAAACUGGUAGUGUUUUUCACAUUUGUACCAAAAUAGGAUUUUAUGUUCUUUAACCAAUCGGUUCUGUUCCUUUUUUCUUAUCUUUACGGAAAAAUUUUGUUUUCAAUAUAGUUUUGAAUUGUUUUUAUGUGAUCAGGGUUCAUUCAGUACUAAAAAAACACUUAGUGCUUAGAAUGCAGUGCACAGGGAAAUAACGAUAUGUUUUAACAAUAUAUCAUUCUUGCGAAAGUGAAUAACAUGUCUUUUGCCGAGUAUCGAAAGUAGGAUAAGUAUCCACAACAAUAAUAUCACAAGUAUAAUGGUUAAUAAUACAAUCCUGUGUGCUUAAAUUAACUUUGGGUUACAAAAAUAUUGUGAAAUUUUGAUUUUUCCAAUGAUUUAUCGCAACAAUGAAAAUUCUCACAUUGCCUGCCUUUUUUAAACAAUUUAUUAUUUUUAAGUAGAAAUGUGGUGAUAAAAAUAAGCUUGCUUAUUAGAACUAAUCUUUAAAAAAAUAUUUAAAUCUACUAACAAAAAUCUAUGUUUUCAGUUGGAAUUAAAAGGUUUGUUUUAAUCAAAUUGGAAACUAAAAAUAAUAAGAUAUCCAGUUAGCGUUCUAUCAAUAGAUUUACUAUUGCUGUUAAAUAUUAAGUUGGUAAAAAAUAUUUUAAGGACAUAUUUUUUUUAAAUAAUUUUAAAUUUAUAUUGUGUCUUUUUGCAAGAGCUGUCUGAACCCUGGUUACUAAUUAUUAUGUUCCUGUUUAAACGAAUGUGACCUCUGAAGGCUUUUAACCGUAACAAAUUUAUGUUUAUGAGUAAAAUAUCAAAUUGCAGCAGUAAAAUGAAAGUUUUUCUUAUUUUUUCGUUACACAUUAUCUAUAACUUAUGUUUAGAUAAGAUUUGUGUAUUAUUGAAUUUCAUUAAUUUCAACGCAACUAAAUUUAUGUCAUUAAAAAUUAAUGUCAAGAAAUUAUGUUGUUUCAGUUCUUUUAUAUAUUUGAAAAAUAUUUGUUCAAAAUAAGUAACAAUUAUUUGAAAAAAAGUAUACUAGUAAUCUUACUGUUAGAAAUGGCCUAUAUUCAAUUUUAAAAUAAUUAAAUGACAGCAUAUUUGUCGCCAAAUGAAAUAUAUUUUUGCUAGUUAUCAUUGUCAUUUGAUACAAUUUUUUCAGUAACAUUUAAAAUGUUAAAAAAAAAAAUUUCUCUUUAUUUUUGAAAAAUCUGUUUCCCGAUUAAUUCCUUAUGUUUUUCAAAUAUUAAAAGAUAAACAGUUAAUCUGGUUUGUAUUUUAACAUGUGUGUGGCUUCCAGUGGCAUAGGUAGAAAAUAUUCUGAAAUCUAUUUCCAAUAAAUCUAUCUAAUAGAAUAAAAUGCUUCCUAAAUAUUAAUGGAAUAAAAAAAAAAAUUUAUUUCAUUCUAUGAUGAUAAACAAGUUUAGAUGCUUAAAUUACUAAUAUGAAAAAAUAUGCAAGCAUAUUAACCACUUUUAAUGUGUCAUUUUUUGUUAAUUUAAGUUGCCUGAACUUGUAUAAUUUUGUCAUAAUUUUUUUUUUUUAAAUUAUAUUUCGGGCUAUAUCAAAUGUAGACAAAAUUCAAGACCACUAUAAAUUAUGUAAUCGAUUUCACUGUUUUGAAAUGUUUCUUUCUUGAAACUAUGAUAAUUUUUACUCCUUUCUAUGAUUUAAAUUUUUUCUUAAACACUUUGUCAUAGAAAGGAUUAAAAUGUAAACCAUUAUAAACUAAAACAUUUAUCUAUGUUCACUUAAUCUCAAUUAUCUGUCGUACUUUUUUUAUUAAUAAAUAUUACAUAAAUAAUAUUUUACUAAUAAUUUUUAUCUGCAGUGUGGUUAAUAAUAAAUUUCCACUUUGCCUUUUUUUAGGGCAUGCAGAAAGUUAAACACACUUGAUUCGGAACUUAAAAAUUUAAAGAAACACGUAUUGAAAUUAAAUACUUUUGUACAUGAUAAUUAAUAGUUUUGAAAUUUUAAAGUUGUAGAUUUUCUAAGUGCGCCUCUGUUUUCAUUGUCUUUAAGUUAAUGAUCAAAUUUAUAAUACUGAAUUUCCUGUAAUUUGAUCAUUGAUAUCGAAGAUAACUUUGUAAGCCAAGAUAAAUAAGUAAUUUGCUAAAAAAUAAAAAAAAUUCUCAGCUUGUUUAUUUCAAUUAUUCAUUCUUGAUGUUUAACCUUCUGAAUCCUUUUUGAAAUUAAAAUGAUAUACUUUUUAAAACAUACUAUCAAUUUAUAAGCUAUUUUUUUAUGUAGAAAAUAAGAAUUUGAUAAAAUAUCAUUGAUUUAGAUCAUAAAAAUAUCCAUUACAAGUCCUGUUGUCAAAGUAAUAAUUAAAUGAACAACUCAGUUAUAUAAAUUUUUUCCUACAUUCUCAAAAACAUUUAUUCCAUUUUAAACUAUAAUAUCCAUAGCUUGAAUCAUAAUAUUAUACAAUGUUGCAGCAACUUUUAAAAAGUAUGAAAUUGAUCUAUAUUUCCAUUCAAAUUUAACUUCUUCAAAUUCAAGUUAGUUUAAGUUUAAUUUAAUGGUAUUAUGGUUCAAGCAUGUUAUUCGAUGCCAGGUUCAUUGCAUUUCAAAAUUUCUGUCCAAACUAGAACUAAAUUUAUAAUAAAUGGUGCUGAAGAAUUCUUUCAAAACAGGACAAGAGCGAAAUAUUAAUUGGAAUUGAAAAAAAAAACAUAAUGACCAAAUGUUUUGUUCAUAUUAAGCAUUCACAUGGUUAAACAUCACUUACAUUACAUGGUAAAAAGUAAUAAAAUGUUGUAAAAAUAUUUUUUUAUUAGAUAUGUUAAUAACUCUGGAAUGUGCAAAUUUUUUUCCCUUAUACAGAGAUCAUAAUUGAAAUAUUUCUUAAUACGUGUAGCGUUUAGAGAUUUUGAAUAUUUUUUUUAAUUAGAAUUCAAAAUUUUGAUUUACGUAUUUGUAAUAAUUUUUAUAACGUAAAAAUCAUUGUAAAAUAUAAUAAAGUAGAUAAAGAAAAAUAUAAUUGAAAAAUUAUCUUAAUUGCACAUUCUGGGGUAAAAAAUUAUUGUUGUACUAAUUUUUUUAUUUCAGGUGAUUUAGAAUAAUUUUUGUUUUUUAUUAUGUAUUUUAAUCACUCAAAACUGUUAUUAAUGAUUUUUUUAUGCAUAAGUAUUUAUAAUGCCCAGUGCAUUCAUUGCAAAAGAUAUCUGUUUAACAAUAUAUUGUUGAUUAAUAUCUCCUAUCAGAAUUGUACUUUCGUAUAUCUUACAACUAUCGUGAAAAUUAACUUCAGAAUUAAAAAAAUUAUGUUUUUCUGUUCGUGAUGGAUUUUUAAAAUUAUAGUAGCCAACUCAUGCUAACUUGAAAAAAGUGCAUUAUGGCUUUUGGAUUCAUUUUACUGCUGCAAUUUUAUGCUUAAAAUUUUUUAGCUAAACAAGAAGAAAUGAUAUAGAUUGUUAACUGUUGUAUGUUGUGAUGGCUGUGCUUUGGAUUUGGAUUUUUAAGAUAGAUGAUAUUGGAAGUUGUUAGAUACUGUUCUCGACAAUCUUUGUGCUUUUCGGUUGCACAAAGUGAUUAAUGUACUUUUAUUUCAAUUUUUGUUUUCAGAAUUUAAUAUGUGCUUAAUUUAUAUUUAAGUGCAGAUUUAUAAAUAAAAAUGCUUUUUCUUGACGUUUUCCUAUUGAAAGGAGAAUCGUUUUUAUGUAAGAAAUGAUCUAAAUGAAAUAAAUAAAGCUGUAGAAUUUUUUGUUA